AUGGUGGAUGCCAAGCGAUCCACGCCUUCAUUCCGAGUCCAGGCAAUGGGCAACGAGCAGCUGCUGCUCAUGCCCUCUAGCGCAAUCAAGUGUCCGUUGGACACGUCCAUGGGAUACGUUCGUAUCAGUUUUCCCCGAGCCUUCGUGAGUCUUGGCUUCUUCCGUUGCCCACUGCUAUUGUGGUCCUUCAUAUUCUUCCUUGCUGGCGGUGCUUGUGUUUCUCGGCUGACACUGCCAAUGGCUAUCGUUGUCAGUCUAUUGAGUGCGUUCUUGGGUUGUGUUUGCUAUGGCAUCUCAUGGAUGCGCGGCCAGCGCACACCCAUGGUGAAGAGACAUCGUCAAUUUCAUCACGCAUGGUCUACCUCGAACCCAAAGCCCAAGCGGUGUGAGCGGGGAGCUCCUCGAGCAAUCACGGCAGGGAAGCUCCGAGACUUCUUAGACUUUUUCCGGGAAUUCAUUCGGGAGCGGUCCAUGUACUAUGUCUGCUCGAACAUCGUGAUGCCCUUGACGAAGCCAGUUAAGCUCUCCUUCGCGGAGCUCAUCGGCCCCAAUGAGCUCAACUGGUUUGUUUCUCAUUAUUGGGGUACACCAGUCCAGCAUUUCGUGGCGGCAGUGUGCAAGCACGGGUUUGCCCAUGCAGGUGACGCUUGGCGAGACUCGGCCUAUUGGAUAUGCACUUUCAGCAACAAUCAGUGGGAGGUACCCUUGGAGCUUGGAAAUGGUCGGUGGCAGGAGUCCUCCUUCUAUUUGGCGUUGAGAAGCCCCAAUUGCCUGGGUACUGCUAUGAUACUCGACGAAGAGGCCUUACCUUUGCAGCGCAUCUGGUGCCUUUUUGAGGUCUAUCAGACAAUCCUCCUGUCAGCGCAGAAUGCCGGGUUUGCAGGGCUCUUGCUCUGCACUUCUACAGGGGUCCUCCAGCAAGGCCAAGCGGGCACUGAUAUUGCCAUGGCUGUUGCCAAGAGGUUAGCCGCGCUGGAUCUCCGCAACGCGCAAGCAUCGGAUGAAGGAGACAGACUCAUGAUUCACGGCCUCAUCGAAGCAAUGCCCGGGGGCUUUGACGCAAUGAACCAAUUCGUCCGGGAGUCCAUCCGCAAUGCCCUGGUAACCAUGCAUCAGCAGUUUCUAGGAACAUGUGGGAACCAUUCUAUGUUUCUUCAGGCCACUUUUCCACUAUAA